AUGCAACGGAAGGAAAGUCUGGGGCAGGUGGGAUCUGAGGAUGCUUCGGCAGCCAAAGAUGACAUACCACAAGCCUCGACGAGUACUGGACUCGGGGACGUGAGAAAGGCCACAGUUAAGUGGUACCUGCGCUACGUCAGUAAAGGCUUAACGCCUGAGGAGGCCAAAAAGAAAGUCCGGGACCGGGAGAAAACCAGUGACAGUGCACGGGAGGCUGGGGAAAUUAGUGUUUCGAAAGGUAAUCCGGAGAACAAGAAAGUCAUGGACGGGGAGAAGCCCAGUGACAGCAAACGGGGUGCUGCGGAGAUUAGUCCUCCGGAAGGGAAGCCAGAGAAGAAGAGGAGCCGUCUCGAAGCAGUGGCUCCAAAUCCCAAGGCAGGGGCCAGGAAGCCUGGUGUUAGCUAUGCUAGCGCCACUAAGCGUAUUAGACUGGCUGUUCUGCCGAAGGCUUUCCCUAAACGUACACUCACUCGUGGGGAUCAGGGAAAGAUUGAGGACGCCAUUGUGGAGGAGAUGGGUAAGGGUUGGAGGUCAAUACUCCAAUUCGACGGCAUCCACUUUCGGCCAGGCGUUAUACUGGUCGACUGGUUGGAUGCAGAAUCAGCCGAAUGGCUGCGCUUAAUUGUUCCAAAACUGCCUGGUUGGGAGGGUGCGGAAUUGACUACGUGCGAUGGGGACAACAUACCCAAGGUGCACGUAAUCACUACGUACCUACCAAAAGCUGCAGGAGUGGACACGCAGAAACUACUGAACCUAAUUAUAGCCCAAAAUGAGGGUAUGCAUACCGACCUAUGGAAGGUAUACAGAAGCAAUGACGAGAAGACGGGUAAACUGCUGACGAUCGGGAUAGACGACCGGUCGUUGGAGGCUAUCAAGAAGAAAAACUGUAUCCUACGAUACAGGUUUGGUAGUGUUCCAGUGCAUCUGCACAAGGGCAGGGAACCGAAGGCGAAGGUAGCCAAGCCAAAUACUCCACCGGGUGUUCCUGAAAUACCGGAGGAGGUGGCUGAGAUGGUAGCUGUGGAAGCAGCCAGAAGCGCGGUAGUAGAGAAAGUUGGUAUUCUACCUCAUGAGACGGAGGGUAUAGACGAUUUCGACCUCGGCCUACUAAAUAUCUUUGCAGAUCAUGACUCGGAGAGGGCCACCUUCUCAGAGCUUGACGAAACUCUGACAACGGAUGAAGAAGCGGAACGCCAUUAG